AUGUCCUCUACACCCUCGCCAUCUGUUCCUUCUAGCUUCCGCUCCCGUCGUCCUGCUCCUCUCGAAGCAGAGCGUCGCUACUCCGGUCCACCUCUUUCCCAGUCAACGGUCGCCGGAGAUGAGCCAUAUGGAAACCGAGACAUUGAACCGACCCAAUCUUCAGGGAAUGACCUGCCGUCAACCGCUGUGUCGGGAGCAAGUGGUGCCUCUGCAACGAGCAGCGUAUUCUUCCCAGGAGGACUGCCCCUACCAGCGGUCAAGGGUGUGAUUACUGGCAUCGAGUCUCCGAGACAUGGUCGAGGAUCCCCUUCUAUAGGCAGUCGCAGAGAGAUCCCUGUUUCACCUCACAGUCCAACCACCACCUCCUCUCUCACUGUACGAGGUCAAUCCGUGACCGACAUGGAAACGCCGCAAAGACCUCAACCGUCUGCUCCUGUAAUCCCCUUCCGGGGCGAUCCCACGGUCAAGAGCACUUUGGCGGGUCUGAAGAUGGACGGGAAGAAUGAGAUUUGUCGGUUGUUUGGAGUCGCGUAG